UCGUGUGAUCGGCGCCAGGACACGUUUAAUUGCUAAUUAGAGACACACACACAGAGAGCGAGUUGUCGCUGCUGCUGCUGAGUUCGUGAGCGCUCCGGCUCCGAGCCGCCCUCUUCGGCUGCGUCCGCACCGCCCCUCGUCGCCCGCGCACGGAGAGCCCCGCCCCGAGCCAGCCGUCACGACCUCUCAAACUCCUGCUGCUGCUCCUGCUGCUCCUGCUGCUGCUCCUGCUGCUGCCGCCUCCUCCUCCUCCUUGGUCGCAGUCCGUCCCUCCCCUCCCCCCGAAACCCCCUCGAGCAGCAGAGAAGGGCUCCAAGCUCGUGCGCAGCCGCUGUUGGGGCUCAGUUGCCGGGAUGAGUGCGCGCUGAGAAGGAGAGAGAGACAGAGAACGAGAGAGGCAGAGAGAGGAAGGGAAGGGAAGAGAGGCAGAGAGAGAGAGGCAGGAAGGGAAGGAGAGAGGGGGGCGAUACUCUUUACGCUUCCAUAGCUGUGGACUCCGGCAACUAGCCGACGUUUCAGUUCGUGCCUUGGGGUUUUUCUUUUUAGUUGCAUCCACACGUGCGUAGGUAGCAGCAGCAGCAGCAACAGCAUAGACGGCCAGCUGGUACAACAGCAGCUGCUGCUGCACACGGGGGUUAGGUAGUUGUCAGCUGUAGGGGGAACGGACGCGGGUAGCCGGAGGUGGUUCAAGUGGCGCGUGUUGGAUGGUGCUGGUCGCGGGGGGCUGACCGGCGGGGUUCGCGCAGGAAGGCGGCUCAGCUCGGCUCAAGCUCGGCGAGCGAUCGAGCGCUUUGACGUGGGGUGGUUGCGUGGGUCAACGAGCGUCUGUGCGGCAAAGAGAAAGGGAACGCAGGAGUUUGUGAAGUUUGACACUCGUUUAGCGAAGUUACUCCCUCCACCCCCCCCCCCGCCGUUGCUGCGCUGUUUGGUACAAAGCGCAGCGUGAGACGAGGCGAAGGCUGCGGCGGCGUCGGCUGCGGGGUGAUUUCUCUGCAUUCUCUUGCCGAGAGGAGGAACAAGCUGGGGAGGGAGAGAGGGGGGCGAACGAGCAACUUUACUCAACGGCAGAACAAAGAGCUGCGCUCGGGAAGGAAGCCUCUAACUUGUUCCUUACGACCGGGCUGUGGGCAGUUGUCCGGGCAGGCUGUUAGCUCGGUACCAAGCGGGCAGCGACGAGGGGUCGAGUGGCACGUUGAAAACAAAACGCCGGCACCGCAGCAACGCCAGCCAGCGAGCUCAUCAUGCGCUGUUUAGUGACGUUAGAGAAGUGGUGGUGGCGGCGGUGGUGCUGAUACGGGGUUCUGUGUUCGAGGCAGUCGCAGUUGGCGAUAGAGUCAGCAAUAGGACCGGCAAGCGUAAGACGAAGGGAGCAGAACGCUUUGGGUCACUCUGGCUGAAUUCCUUCGGCGUUGGUGUUGUUAUUAUUAUUGGGUCAACACUCCGACCUGAACGCGAUGGAGCGACUUCCGAAUGUCCUGGCGCUGUGGAUGCAUUUGGAAGUGUGGACCCUGCUCCUGGUUCUGGCUAAAGGCGAGAUCCGCUGCUACUGCGAUGCGGCGCACUGCGUGCCCACGGGCUACAUGUGCAAGUCGGAGAUGUCCGUGUGCUUCCGCCGCGUGCUGGAGCCCACGGACCCACGCUCGCCGCUCGCGCACGGCUGCAUCGAGGCCCUGUCGCCCUCGCCGCCGCACCCGUGUCACGCGCCGCGUCCCCGCAACCACACGGGCCGCUGGCCGGUCGUGCGCUGCUGCCAGGACGACAUGUGCAACUACAACGCGCUGCACGACCUGCUGCGGCCGCCCCGGGGAGACACAGCAGACCCCGUGAGCGGUGGCGGGCCCGGCACGGACGGCGCGGGACGUCCCGCCGUGUGGCGCUCCGCCUCCGCAUCGGCGGCCGCGGCGGCCGCCUCACAAGAGCUGUGGUUCCGCGCGGCCGUCAUCGCCGUGCCCAUCGCCGGCGCCGUCGUGCUGGCGUUGCUCGUGGCGCUGGCGCUGCGCAUGCUGCGGAGCGAGUCGCGGCACCGCCACCGGCAGAUGCUGGCGCGACUCCACUACGGCUUCCACGGCCCGCUGCCGGGACGCGCGUGCCCGUCGUCGUCGUCGUCGUCGUCAUCCUCGACGGACGGAGGCCCCAAGUCGGCGGGCGACGCGGGCCAGCCGUGCUGCUGCUGCUGCGUGGCGUGUGCGGAGGCGCCCAGGAAGCCCAAGGCGUGGUCGAUCGUGCGCUGGGGCCCGGGGUGCGCGGGCGGCGGCGGUGGAGGAGGGGGAGGAGGGGGGGGAGGAGGGGGAGGAGGAGAGAAGCUCGAGGGGCUGGAAGAGCGGCAGAAGUCGUCGUGGUCACUGGGACGAUGGGGAUCGAGCAGCGCCACCGAGAAGAUGGCGUUUGUGUGACCGCGGAUCUUCUUUUUGCAGAGUUAACGAGACGAGAGCGUGGGAAGAGGAUUUUUAAGGAACGGUGCAAUUGUUUUUGGAGACGUUGAAGAGCACUCAGACUUUCUUUAUGCGGAAAAGCACAACGACCUCCUUGUGAUACGUUUACUCGCAAGAUCGCAGAGAUGCGUUCAGGGUGUCCGUCGAGGUUCAAGGCAACGGUAUAAACCAACGACAAUGAGAAGAUGUCUAGACUCAUGAAACGCUUUUUUUUUUCCCCCAAAACUGUUUUCUGUCUCGCUAUGUGGUUAUCGCUGCAGUGAGCUUAAACUUACAGCACGCUUUGAUAGUGAAGCUACUUAGUUCAAGAAUAUCGAACUCUCUCUGCCGACGACAGAAACCAACGAACGUGAAGCGCGACGACGCGUCAUCCCAACAGCAUCCCCCCAUGCGGGAACUUGCCCGUUGGUCAUUUUUCAAAAAGGGAGGGAAUCGCCAAUGUGCGCCACUGAUGACGCUUGCGAAGGAGUGAAGGAAACGGAACGAUGUCGGUGAAGAUUUGUUAAAUUAAAUUGCCGACGCACACUCUUUGCCGGGUGUGUUAUCGGUGUCUUGUGUAAAUGUGUACAGAGUCUGCAUGGGACUUGUGUAGUGUGUCCAUAUUUUACACCGACCUGUGUGUCUAGCUUUCAUUAUUGUUGUUGUGAUUUUAUUAUUGUUAGAUGUUUUUUUAUGAUGUUGCACACUAAUAUAGGUCUACUUAGAUCAAUGGGAUUUAUAGUAACGAGAAACUAUAUUGUCCUUAAAACCAGGGUAUUACGAAGCAUGGAGAAUUUCCAGCAUUAUGCCUUUUUACAUCCCAUUGGCAUAAUUGGUACAGAGCACUCUCUUUUAUGUACAUAAAACUGUUUGGUUUCUGCUGUCAUUUUAAAAUAUAUUUUCCCUGUUGAACAGCUAAAGAAGUGUUUGUGUGUGUGUGUGUUGUUUAUCUC